AUGAUUCCGCCCUUGGCGCAUGUGGGGAACUUCGAGGGCUUGGAGAAGGGCAUGAAGGCCCCUGUGACCAUGCUCGAUGGCGGCGCCUUUGAUGGUGCCAAGGCAUACAAGGACAGCAAGGUCUGUGACGUCAUGUUGAUGAAGGAGCUCCACAAACGCUACCACAAGGAGACGGGCAUCGUGUUCACCUCCCUCUAUCCGGGAUGCAUCGCCGAGACGAACCUCUUCCGGGAGCACUAUCCGCUCUUCCAGAACCUCUUCCCCGCGUUCCACAAGACUGUCACCAAGGCGUACGUGAGCCAAGAGGAGGCUGGGCAGCGUUGCUGGGCAGAGUUGAAUCAGUGUGAAGGGCGCUUGGCUGCCUGCGUGGCGGAUGAACGCUAUGGUACCAGUGGCAGCUACUAUUCCUGGGAGGGCGAGGCCGGCACGGGCGGUGGUGGCGGCCGCGAGGCAGUGCAGAACACCGAGAAGGACCUCGACUGGUUCAUGAACUACGGGAGCUUCCGUACCCUGAGCAUCGACGAGAUCGGCGGCGAGGCGGCGGACGACCAGCGCUGCAGCGCCUCGGUGCUGUCCGUUCUUGGGGAGAGAGAAGGAGGAAGGGAAGGAGAAGAAGCAGAAGCUGCACCAAGACAACCACAAGAGCUUGGGAUUCCAAGACCCAUCCAAAUCCUUAUCAGAUGA